CUACAUGAAUUAACCUUUGGAAAUAUAAGUUCAAUGCGUUAUACGAUCGGAUUUCCGCUCGAUCAGUUACCCUCGUCGCUCGUCGGCUCGUCUCUCUUUGGUUCGGCGCCCCCAAAUCUCCCCGCACUUCUCCUCGCACCUCUCGCAUCUCGCCCACCUCUUACCUCGUCUUUCAUAAGGGUUGGCGAGAGGAGCCCAUGGAUACGUUGGAGGUUGGAUGGAGUCUUCCUUUGAAGAGAGCGGCACCGACUGCCAAGGAAGACGUAGAACAGUUUUUCAAGAAACCCAAGGUGGAGACACAGCUUGUUCAGCCCAAAUCCAAAUAUAAACCCAUUUCCCUAGAUGAUUUUGAUACUUGCCUCCGCAAUAUUGAAGAAUGGCUCCCCGAAGACGUGUCCUUGGCUAUGGAAUUAGAGAGGGGUUGUAAUGAUGCGUAUCAGCUUCUACGUAUUAGGGGUCAGAACUUAUGGAAUACGGAUUAUUUUGAAAGAAUGCUGCAAAAUUGUGAAGAACAGAAAAAUUAUGAAGAACAGCGGUUGUAUCUUAAAUUUUACGUACAACUCUCCAAAGAAGUAAAGGAGGGUGAAAGCUGGAAAGAUGUCUGUAAACGGCUAGCAGUGGGAGUGGAGGGAGAUUUGUCUAAAUUAAAAAAAGAAAUGGCGAUAGUCGAUUAUUUUGCGAAUCGAAUUGAAGAAGUCAGAGUGAAGGAAAGAUAUGAACUGUUUUGUCAUAUUUUAGAUGAGGUCAUCAUGAACAAGGAUUUUGCUACUGUGGUUGCUAAAAUCAUAGAGGACAACCUGUAUCCUGACCUUCAUGAUGAAAUCAGAAAAUGCCAAAAAAAAUCGUUUGUCAUGGACCUUAAAGAGCACUGUCAAUAUGGGAUGCACAUCGAUGAGGCGCGCGAGCACAUUAAGACGGCUUUCUUCGAAACGUGGAAAAUUAACGUACAACAGCGAUGGCUAGGUUUUCAUGCUUAA